GCGUCUGCGGCGGUGACGGUGGGAGAGAGCGCGACCGAGAGGCAGAGACACAGACCCAGACACACAGGGAGACACAGAGAGAGAGAGACCACCGCCCCCCACCCACACCCAGCACCAUGGUCAGGAGGGCGGUCGCUGUGAAGUAUGCGAGAUAACGCCCAAGGACAGAAGCACCAGCAGCAGAUUGAUCUCACACAUCCCAUCCCAUUGUCCUCCAAACAAGAGUGACCGUCCCUCAGCAGGGAGAUGGAGUUCCAAGGUAGGAGUGAGAAGCCUCCAUCGAUAGAGGGCUGGUUCCGGGAACACAAGGGAUACAGUGCUUCAAAUUCAGUGGAGGGGAGGGUGCAGAAGGAUGGCAGCCCCUCCUCAGCCAAUCACAGCACCUGCAACAACCUGUCGAGAAAGAGGAAAGCGGUCUUUGAGGUGCUGUCGGAAAAGGCCGUGAGCGACUGGGGGUUGGCAACCGACUGGGAAGUGGCAGGGUGCAGUGUUCCCUUUCAGAAGGCCAUGGACUCUCGGGUUAGUUCCAAUCAGUCAGACAGGAAGUGUACCUUCUCCAACAACAGUGCGGCGUGUGGUCUGUUUGCUGGAGCUGCAGACCAACAAGGGACCCUGCUGAGCAGGUGCAGGGUGACACCAGCUGCUAAAUCCUGCAGAGGCCUGAAGAGGCGGCGCUUUCGGAAAAGGUGGAAGUUGAUGCAGGCCUUCCAGAUGCUCCUGUAUCGCCGGAUUUCCCCGCUGACAUUCCACUGGAGGGUCUGGAACCUGUUCAGGAAGAGACGUACACCUCGUCUUCAUGGAGCCAAGCACAGCCUGUCCACUGCUCAGCAAUCAGUGGACGAGCCAUCAGAGAAUGCUCAGGAGUGGGAAUCGCAUGCAAAGUGCCUGGAGGCAGGCGAGAUGUUCAGACCCAGGGUGGCUCCUGACUUUGUGCCGGAAAUCAUGUGCUCAGAGAGUCACCGGGCCCCCCGUUCACUGGAAGGCAGCAGCAACAACAUGUGGUUGAAGUCUGGCAGCAGAAGCCCCACCAUGAGGCUGCAGGGUCUGUCCUCUGGCAAUUGUCAAUCCUGGCCCAAGGACUUCCGACUCCCAAACCAAGGGAGCGCCUCGGAGAAUGCCAGCAACUCGAUGACAGCGUCAGUACCCGGCUCGUUCAGGGGCAGUGCUUCAGCCGACCUAGCAGAGAAGCCAAAGGAGGGUUUAGGUACGUUGGCACAGAGCAACAGCCACACGGUUUCCAGAGCUGGCCUGCCACUGGCUGGCAUUGACCAUGGAGAAAACGCUCACCAAGGCACGAGGUUGCUGGGAAAGCUGUUCCUGGACCGAGAUCAUCCCUUGUAUUCCCGGUACGUGGCCCGGCCCAAGGAAGCCCUUCACAUUUGUCGAGAUGAGGCCGCUGGAGACACUUUGAGUCAUGGCUCGAUUAACCUUGGUGCUCAGGAGCAAGCGCGAGGACAUCUGUCCAGCCGGACAAAGCCAGAGGAGGCUGACCUCUCUGUUGGUCAGACACCGUUUGGUGGCGUUGGAGAUAUGCUGGGAGUAAAUGGUCACCCCCUGAGUGACCCGGAUGAAAUGCUCCCCUCAGACGGUGGCGCUGAAUGCCAGCGGGUGGUCAGAGAGGAUGAUGGCAUCGUCAUCAGUCAUGUGUGCAGCAUUGGCUCACAGAUGGUGGAGCAGCUGUUUGGCAGCGAGGACGACAGCAGGGAGGGCAGCUCAGCGAGUCUCAGCAAGCACAAGUGUGAGUCUGAUAGCCAAGCAGGUGGUACCGGAGAAUCAGAGACUGAUGGAGCUGCCGUAGGGCAGCAGUGCAAGACCAGUGACCGAGCCAGUGUGAACCACGUGUCGGCAAUGAGCAAUGAACACAUAGCUUGCAUUCAUGGGCUUCUAGAUGAGUAUAUCCAAACCUAUGGCAGCUUGAUACCCCUGAACACUGAUGAUGUGAUUGAGAAGCUCCAGGCUGUUUUUGAAGAAGAUUUCUCAACCCCACACAGAAAGAACCUGAUUCAGCAUGUGAUGCAGUCAUACCACCGAAUGAUGGGGAAUAAUGCUGUUCGAAACUUUCGAGUCACAUACAAGAGGCAUGUGCUCACCAUGGAUGACCUGUCCACCUUGUAUGGCCAGAACUGGCUGAACGACCAGGUUAUGAACAUGUAUGGAGACCUUGUUAUGGACACAGUGCCUGAUAAGGUUCACUUCUUCAACAGCUUUUUCUAUGACAAGCUGAGAACCAAGGGAUAUGAUGGCGUGAAGAGGUGGACUAAAAAUGUUGACAUUUUUAACAAAGAACUGCUCUUGAUCCCCAUUCACCUGGAGGUCCACUGGUCACUGAUCUCCGUUGAUGUACGUGAGAAGACAAUAACGUACUUCGACUCCCAGCGAACCCUAAACAGGAGGUGCCCCAAGCAUAUUGGGAAGUACCUCCAGGCAGAGGCCAUCAAGAAGAACCGCCGGGACUUCUAUGAUGACUGGAAAGGAUAUUUCAAAAUGAAUGUCGCAAGGCAAAACAAUGACAGUGAUUGUGGAGCUUUUGUACUUCAGUUCUGUAAGUGUCUGGCUCUGGGACAACCGUUCAGCUUCACCCAGCAGGACAUGCCCAAGCUCCGGCGCCAGAUCUAUAAGGAACUUUGCAACUGCAAGCUGACCGUGUGAAGAGCCUGCUCCCAGAAGUUGGCCGACACAAGCCUAACAUUGGGUGACUGACCAGACAAACGCACCCUUUUGUGAACAAUACGAAGACGGCACAAGUUAAGAAGGCUUGAUACAACAAUUCUGGUCUUCAAAUGUGUUGAAACAUGAAAUGUUUUUUUCCCCUUUUUUAAACAAGCAAACUUUUUUUUUCUAUGCCAUAUUUUUUCAAUUAUUUAAGUGUUGUUCAAAUUUGAAAUUCUGGUUACCUAUGUUGUAUUAUUAAACAAGGAUCACAGCACUAAACGGCAGCAAUGGAUUUAUGUGAAGGCAUUUGGGUAUUUAGCAUCUUUAAAGCUGUCUAAUAGCUGGCCUGUGAACUAGGGGAGGAAGUGAUUAUGCAGGAUCGGUGACUCUCCAUGUGGAUUGUCAGAUUUUAGUUCCAAGGCUUGUCACUUGGGAUUAUUUUCUAUGAACUCUCAAUCAGCAGCUUACACAAAGUGGCUCGGUGCAGAGAUGUCUCCCAUUUUUGGGAUUGCUAGGAGACCGAGCAUGGUGCUGUCUGUUUUCUAUGGCUACACUGACAUUAUUGCCCCACAUAGUCAUGGAGAGGUUGUGGCCUAAUGCUGUGGGGUAGGGUUAGGAGGGGAGUAAGCCGUCUUCGAUACCUGUGAAGCUUUUGAGUAAAACAAAAGGUUGCAUCUAUUGAAAUUCAGUCAAAUUAGCUUGAAAGUGAUGGUUAGUCACUGUCCAAAUCCACCAAAUCCUCUUAAAGACGUUGUUUGGUGUUUUGUUCUGUUUGGUGUCUUUUUUCAGUUUGUAUGUUUUAAAAAAAAGCUGGGACUUAAUAUUGUGACCAAAAUGUGGAUUUGUAAGGCUUUUGGGUUUGCUUUUGAAUGGAGAAGGAAAAUGCAGUAGCCUGACACGAUAAACCUCAUGUACCUCACUAACUGCGUGUGGUAGCAAUGUGCAACAGUGUGAUGCCCCAACACCUAUAAUAAAAAUCUGAUUGGUUACAUCAUAACUCUCACCAAGCAUCCUUCUAAGUGUCCAUACAGUUCAGCUUUAACAUGUUAGUAAUUGUGUUUCUGUAUGAAGAAUAUAGGGUGUUGUGUUGGGGAUAGGGAAUUGAUGGAAUAUCAGUUUUACUUGAAAUCUUUGUUAUCAAAUGAAUUCAGCAUGAUAAGCAUUAAAUGGAUUACCUUCUGCUGUUCCCCAUUUCACGCUGCUUAGUAUGGGUUUAAAAAAUAAAAUAUUGGAUAGCUUUUCAUCUUUUAUUUAAAGUUCCUGGUGUGAAUUCAAAAUGGUGGUAGCAUUUUGACUGUGAUUGCACUUGUCCAUGUUUGCAGUCUAUGGUAAUGUCUGACUGAUAGCUCCAUCCCAGAUUUAAUUAAUGAAAUAUGUUUUGUGGUGUCUUCUUUGCCAAUCUGAACGCCAGUUCCUUGAGCAGUUUGGGCAUUGCUAACACCUCCUAUUGUCACCCCCAAAGGCAGAGCUACAGAGCAACACUGCUCACUUUACCGUUUCAUCCCCCGGGUUCAAGUUCAAACACACAGACCAAGAAAAUGAAGGAUUCUUCUGUCUGCUGCCUGCAUAGCACUUCAGUAAAGCAAAGCACAGAGACGUGAGCAUGGGUGCUUACUUUUGAAUGAACAGUCUCACUCAAUCCAGAAAUGGAAAUGUCAGUCGGGAUUGCUGUAAAAUUGAAGGGACUUCUGUUGGGACAGGGUUGAGGGAGCUUUGUUUGGUAUAAGUCCAUGCUGUAUCUAACUUGUGAGUUCUUGAUAAUAGCUGCCAGUGGGAAAGUAUUCCAUCUCUCAGUACUGGGAAGCUCAAUCAUUGAAAUUUAAACUGGUAGAAAGGCAGUGUCAGCUAUUCUUGGAAAGUGUUCAGUGUGUGUUUAACAUGCUGUGGUGUUUUGUUUUGUGCAUUCGCUGUUCAAUCUGGCUGCUUCAUGAAGGGAAUGAGGGGUUUUAAAAGGCACUGAGUUAAUCUUGAAACCCUAUUAUAUCUAGAGAUGGAAAGAUGAAGGCUCAGUGAGAUAAUUCAAAGGCCUGAGAUUUGAUUUUGGGCUAAUUCUGUGCCAAAACUGAUACUGAUUUUACACCCCUUGUACUCUUCCAGUGACUAUUUAUUAAUAAGCUCAGUUUUUGAUUGGAGAUAUUAGUCCAAUUCUAUUGCCUAAUUUUAGGGACUUUGGGAGAUAAGUCUCCUGCAUUUUGUAACUCAAUCAUUCUGUGACCUGAAUCUUCAUAACACUCCUCCAACUACAUGUAACAUAGUUCAGAUGUGAAUGUAGCAAUCUUGUAGCUGAGGAGAAGAAAGCAACAGUUGGAUGGUUGCAAACUUUUAGUCUGUUUUUUCAUAUGUCAAGGGAGCAGGAAUUUUCUUGAAGUGAAGGUUUUAUAUUCUGGGAGUAAGCACCAGUGUUGACAUUGUGGGGGGGAACUGGUGGUGGUGCUGAAAUCUAGUCUGUCACAGUUGAAUUAUUUCAUGUUAAUUGCCUCCAUCUGAAGUAGUGAGCAAUUGGUUUUAGAGCUGGUGAAAUGUAAUGUAUGAAACUGAUUUCUGUCAGUCUUCCUCCCCAUCCCUCUGCAGUUGUAUAAUACCCUGUCAUUUCACUAUUGUUAAAAUAUAGAACCUUCAUAGGAAAAUCCAUAAAAUGAAACAGUCAAAUCUCUUGCUGGAUUAUUGUGGGGAGGGGGGAGUGAUUAUUGAUGGUUUGCAUGCUUCCUCCUGCUCUUUCUCCAGCCCUCUCAAAAUCUGGUCACAUUUGCAAACAUAACAUUUGAAGCUGUGUCCUAGAGAUUCGGUCUGAAACCUAACCACCUUACUGUGGAACUUAAUUUGUCAGAAUCAGUGGAAUUGCUCCUCACAAGUGAGUUGAUUUUUUUUCAACUUGAGUGUCAGUUGAAUCUGCCACUAGUUGUUAUGUGAUAACUUUGUUGUAGAACAAGCAAACGUGGAAACUAUUUAAGGUGACAGAGAUUUCCAGCACUUACUCUUGUAAGCAGAGAUUUGGCUCACAUUAAACCUGAUUUGUCAGAUAGUUUUUCACAAGUAGUGUAACUUGUACCUGAUUUACAUCUGUAGCAUUGCGUGCUUUAGUGAAUUCAGCUCUGUAAUGUUCACAUCUGUACAAAAUGGUGCUGGGAGUGAUGUUUUUGAAAUAUACAGUCAAGGAAGCUAC